AAAGCAGCCCUGACCGACCGUAAUCCGUCUUUUCCUCCAAACGCGAAGAAACCGGGAGGAGAAGCGGAGGAAGAUCGAAACCAGAGGAGACGAACCAACAACCAUCCAUUCUCACCUUUGCUCCUUGAUCACCCGACUGACUUGAAAAAGCCCCAGAACAGAAAAUAAGAUGGGGCUGACGUUUACGAAGCUCUUUAGCCGUCUCUUUGCCAAGAAGGAGAUGAGGAUUCUCAUGGUUGGGCUUGAUGCUGCUGGUAAGACGACAAUUCUGUACAAGCUCAAGCUGGGAGAAAUUGUUACUACCAUUCCUACCAUUGGAUUCAAUGUCGAGACUGUAGAGUACAAGAACAUUAGCUUCACUGUCUGGGAUGUUGGGGGUCAGGACAAGAUCCGUCCAUUGUGGAGGCACUAUUUCCAAAAUACCCAGGGUCUUAUCUUUGUUGUAGAUAGCAAUGACAGAGACCGUGUUAUUGAGGCAAGGGAUGAGCUCCAUAGAAUGCUCAAUGAGGAUGAGUUGCGAGAUGCUGUUCUGCUUGUGUUUGCAAACAAACAAGAUCUUCCCAAUGCAAUGAAUGCUGCUGAAAUCACUGAUAAACUUGGUCUUCAUUCCCUUCGUCAACGACAUUGGUACAUCCAAAGCACGUGUGCUACUUCUGGCGAGGGACUGUAUGAGGGUCUCGAUUGGCUCUCUAACAACAUUGCCAACAAGGGUUAAACUUGUGGGAUGCCUGGACGGAGAGAGGUUUAUUUCUCUAAAAAGUGAUGAGUUUGGUCGUGUUAAUUCUCCUCGGAUUAUUGAACUUGGUAAAUGGUUUGUUUAUUGCUCAUGCUAUCCUUAUAACUUAUAAGUUUGUACUCCUAUGACACUAAAAAGGCUUCAGCAGUUGCCAAGUUGCUCUAAGAAUCUAUAUAUUUUCUCCCUGUUCUGUUUUUCUCAUCACUUGGAGCACUCGGCGCACUUUGCUGUUAAAGAGAGAUCAGGGUGUAAAUCUUAAUUACAUGAAUUUUGUUGCCUGUUAUUUGUUCAGUA